AUGCAUCUUUACCACAAGUCCAACAUGAUAACGUUGAAAUUAACAUUCAAAUCAAACAGUGAAAACCUUAAAAAAAAAAUAAUGCAGAAACGAGCCAGGGAAGAUUCAUCAUUAGCUUCUGAUGAAUAUGACAUGCCCUAUCAAUCUAAAAUGCAAAGCAGGUACAUGGCAGUGCAAUACAAAAAAGCAUUUCAUAUAACCAAUUAUUCAGCAAACACAAGUUUUUCUUUGACUAUAUCUGCUUCCUUAGAAGAAUCAUCCAAGUCUAAACGACAGUUGAAUGUUGAAGUAACCAAUCACGUUGAAGCUACGAUGACCAAUAUCUGUGAUUUACCAUUUCAUCACGUACAUGGAAAAAGUAGAACUACAAAUAAUGGACUCGCAACUUCGUGGCUUAGGGCCUUGGGUGAAUUCAAUAAUACCAUAGUAAUAGCGAAUCAAGCUCUGCGUGAUGGAGAAAUGUUUGAAGUGGUAAUUGAAAAUCUAGAGUUAUUGGAAAGAAAUCGUUCACGAUCACAAUCGCCUGAUUCGACCCACAAUGAAGUAAUAGAAAUAUUACCCUCGAAACGGAAGGAAUCUUCGCCAGAAAAAUCUGAUACAGGGGAUAAUUAUACACCAAAAUCAUAUGAUUCGAGCCAAUAUAGAAAAAAAAUAGAAACUAUAAAGAAUAAAGCUACUACUUACAAGAAACAUGAUGCCAUGGAAGUGUAUCGUCACUCGAAUAUACCAUCCCAAAAAGGUGCUUCUCGUACUAAAGUUGAUGAAAACAAAAGUCGGUCGAAAUCAUAUGAUUCUAUAGCGAAGAAGGAUGAUAGAAUCAAAGAACGAGAAAUUGAAAAAACCAGGGAAAAGAAUCGUCAUUCGAAUGAACGAUCUGAAAAAGGUGCUUCUCGUACUAAAGUUGAUGAAAACAAAAGUCGGUCGAAAUCAUAUGAUUCUACAGCGAAGAAGGAUGAUAGAAUCAAAGAACGAGAAAUUGAAAAAACCAGGGAAAAGAAUCGUCAUUCGAAUGAACGAUCUGAAAAAGGUCAAAAGUUACCUCAUAUUAGUUUGAAGUGCCAUACUUUCCAACCUCAAGUCGUCUACGUCUAG